AUGUGUGCUAUCCGAUCUGCGCCGGCCACGAGCCCUGAGUCUGAAGCUCCGUGGCUGCAUCCAGCCGGCAGAGAGGUAUCGUUGUGCGACGAUUACAGUCUACCUGUCGACUUUGUGAACAAGAGACGUCCUGCGAGCGCUGCAGCUGCAACGUCCACAGUGCAAUGGACGCUACCUAGUCCUACUGUAGAGAAUGCGGAAAUCGAGAUUGUGGAACAAUACAGCGACCCUAGAGACAGCAAGAGCAAAGCGUAUGUGGAACCAGGAACGGAGUCGUCCUUGCCGACGAUUUACAGCAGAGAAAAUCGCAACUAUUGUCGACCAUACACAGAUCCUUCAGCAUCUGGUUCGUCCUGCGAGGACGACGAAGAUGGGCGAGCAGUGAUCGUUAGAAAACGAAAGAAUAGUGUCUAUGCUUCCUCAGCCAGAGCUCCAUCAGCGGACAGGGACACUUUAACUUCAACCGAUGGUCUGCUUGUAGACUGCGUCGCUUUAGUACAUCUCACUGAUCAAUCUCCGACCGAGUCUGCUCAACCCGUGCGUCAUCCAUCGCCAUAUUAUUACGGCGAUCUUUUUAAGAUACCGGAGCAACAGUCCAAAUCGCAGCCAAAUAAAUAUCGUAAGAGCGUCAGUCUCGAUGUACCAGACGAGCGUUCGCGCACACCCGGUUUACCCAAAAGAAACUCGGUAGCGGGGGAUGGAGGAUCGUAUUCAUCUCAGCCACGGCAUCAUCAACAAGCACAACAGCAGUAUCCACCGCCGCCAUUAUCGUCGCAUUAUCGCAGUCAGGAUCUAGUGAGCCCCACAUCGGGGAACGAGCAUGGUGUUCCAGGCAGAAACGAGAUCCUCUCGUCGUGCAUCAUCACCGAGUGGGAUCAUACCCUCAUGCCUCCUCAUAGGCUGUUGAGCCAUGAUCUGCCUACCACCGUUUGUACCUGCGUCGCAUCGCCUGAAGAGGAGGAGGAUGAGCUAGACCGACGGCAGCCGCAAGGGGCGCGGCAUCAAGUGCGCAAGCUACGACGUACGCGGAGGAUAGACCCGCAGCUGAUACUUAUUGAGAACGAGGACGACGUGGAGGGUGAGGACGAGGGAGAAGAGGGGGACGAGGAGGACGCGGAGCCUGAGGAAGAGGACGAAGAAGGGAUGGCUAGGCAACGUCACCUUUACGAAACGGCCUUCGACUGCAAGGUCAAUCGUUCCGACGAUGAUCUUGACGAUCUCGAUCGAGUCACUAAUCAUGCGGUACUGCAUUCCCAGAUACGAAGUGGUAAUACCGCGCCAGUGAGUAGAACGAGUUCGUCAACGGAUACGUCGAAGCAACAACAUCAGCAGUCGCUUCCUUACGCUGGCCAAUCGCAGUCAAACAAAGAUAGACGUAAAGUCGUACUUCUCCGCCCAAAACCGAUUCCGAGCCGCCUACAGCAGCAACAGCAACAGCAGCAGCAACAGCAGCAGCAGCAACAACAAUCGCAACAACAGUCCGACAAUAUAUCAACUUUGUCCCAAGAUAUCGAGUCCCUCCAGAUUAAUUCGAGCGACGAGAAAACUGGAUCGCCGAGAUUACCAGCACGUGAUUAUACACCGUCACCACCGUCGACCGCACCCUUGCCUGCGAAAUUUCACGGAAACCGAGAUCAUUUGCUGUUGAAUAUUCGCAGCGCGCCAAAUUUACCUUCGCAGCAAGAUCAUCCUCGCUUGAAGGACAUGAGAUUACCGGUGAAAUCGUUGUUGCGCGCUAAAGAAUCACCGCAGAGCAGCGAGGGCAGCAUUCUUGAAAUCAAAAGUCGGCCAAAGACCUUUAUUCAGGAGAACAUUGAUUCUUCGCAGGGCCGGCGAUUUGAUAAGGAGCUCAUACUAGAGUUCAAGGACAGGCCCCGGGAGGAGAGACAACGGCCACGUAGUCUGAUCCGCGAGAACAGGCCGAUAAUGGAGUUCAAGGGUAGGCCUCAUGAAGCAGAGAGCGAUCUUGUGCGACCGCGAAGAGACGCUGGCCUUUUAGAGUUCAAGUUACGUACUUCGAGGCGUCGCAUUGGUUACUCCAGCACGGAGAGCAUGGCGACCAGCAGCAGUGGCGGUAGCAUGGAGUCCAUCAGAAGUAGCACUAGCGAGGGCAAUAGAUCAACUAGCAGCUCUGACAGUCGGCACAGCACCAGAUCACUAAGCUCCCACAGUUCCGACAGCGGCGGUACCAAUUGCUACCAUCACCAUCAACAGCCGUCGCUACCUGGCUUUCUAAAUCAUCACGCCACCAAGUUGCACAUCCUCUCGCCAAUCUCCGACAAGUCGUCUCAAGAGCCGGCCUCGGAAACUUCCGACAACAAUCGCAACAAUAACUCACAGAAAGCCUCGCCUGAAGAGAACAUCACCGCGGAGAAUAACGUCACUUCAGGCAACACGAAUACAGUCACUUCGCCUAUGGACAUGUCUUUUAAGAAGCGGCGAACGCCGCAGAAUAAGAAUCUUAUUAAUCUUGCUUUGCAGUCAUCGUCGUCGGGCGACGCGGAGAUCCAGGGUUCAGACAGCGGUAUAUCCAUUGAAUCUCGCGCUGGCAUCAAGUGCAAACCUUUUGGGUUUCAUUUGUUAAAGCCGCAGCUUGACAAUAUUAAUUUCGUCGACAAUGAGCCAGAACUCUCGGAUCUACCUUUCGACAUGCCGAAGCUACGUAGAAGACGGUUGCUAAUGCAACAAGAUGCCACUACAUCCGGAAGUGCGACCAGUGUAGACCUAAGAGAUCUACCCUUUGAUAUGCCAAAACUCAGGAAACGUCUCAGAUGUACUCAGAGUACUGAAUCCAGUGCAUCUCAGGCGUCGUCCAGUCUCUCGGUACGCGAUGUGGAGCCGCCUCUUUUAUUUGGCGGCGGUCUGGCGCGUCCGAAGAUGACUCUGAAUCUGGAUGCCAGUAAUAUUGCAGCGGGAACGAGUGCGAAUUUGGGCGGUCAAUUGGUGCUGAAAAAACCUAGUGGCCUAAACCUCGGUUUACCGCUGGAAAUCAGCACCGCUCGAAUAUCAGCUGAUCUGGUUGACGUGGAGCUUCCAUUGGAGAGACAAGGAUGGUAUCACGGCUCUAUCACACGCAUCGAAGCAGAGGGUCUUCUACGAGUUCAUCAAGAAGGAAGCUAUCUGGUGAGGAACAGCGAGUCGACCAAACAAGACUAUUCUCUAUCCCUGAAGAGCGCCCGUGGUUUCAUGCACAUGCGCAUCCAGAAGAACGAAGAGCUGAACGCAUACAUUCUGGGGCAGUUUAGCAAACCGUUCGAAAACAUACCGGAAAUGGUCCGUCAUUUCAGCGUGAAUCGUCUUCCGAUACGCGGUGCCGAGCACAUGUGUCUCCUGCAUCCGGUUAUAGUUCAGCUUUUGUAG